AUGCUUGGUCUCGAAUCCGGACAGCAGCAGCAGCAGCAGCAGCAGCAGGCCGCCUCGCCAUUCAAGCCGCUCGAAGCCGAGCUGGCCCGGAUGAGGAGGUCCAACCUCACGGCCGCCAUAGACGAUGUCGACAAGGUGAUUGAGCUGCUCCAGUCCACCAGAGAUCAGGUCGCACAGGAGGCCGACGACUCGGGCGAUCCGGAGCUCUACUCGCACAAGGUGUCUUCAGCCAUGACCUCGUUGCAGAAUCCGGUGAGGCAGCGGCUGGAUGCCAUAACGGACGAUUUAAAGGAUGUGACAAAGGCGCAGAGGAGUUUUGGUAAAGCUCUAGAUAAGGCUAUGCCAGUACGAGAGCUACCCACACAACUAGACACAAUGGCGCAAUACGCCGACAGCAUCAACCACGCCAUAACGAUGCACCUCCUCCGCGAAGGCCAGUUCUCCGUGGCCGAGACGUUUCGCGAGGAAGUCAGGCAAGACCAGGAGGCCAACGGUCACAUCAAUGUGCACAAGGGUGACAAGGACGACGACGACGACAAAGAUCUGGACAUGGAUGCCAACGACAACGACCUCCGCACGCGCUUCAUGGAAAUGUACGAGAUACUAGACCAGCUCCGGUCCAACAACCUCCUCCCGGCCAUCGAGUGGGCGCGCAUCCACAGCAGGGACCUCGAAGCCAAGGGCAGCAGCCUGGAGUUCGACCUCAGCAGGCUCCAGUUCAUCUGGCUGUUCCGCGGCCGCCAGCCCUCGGCGCCCGGCAGCGACGCCGGCUCGCAAUCGGCAGCGGCACGGGCCCAGGCCGAGGCGUUCGACUACUCGCGCCGGCACUUCGCCCCGUUCCAGCGCCGGCACCUAAAGGAGAUCGCCCAGCUGUGCGCGGCGGUGGUGUACGCGCCCAACCUGCGCGACUCACCCUACGGCCACCUGUUCCAGGUGGAUGCCGCCUUCGACGACGUGGCCCUGUCCUUCACCCGGGACUUCUGCUCCCUGCUCGGCCUGUCGGCCGAGUCCCCGCUGUACGUGGCCGUGACGGCCGGCGCCAUCAGCCUGCCCCGCCUCGUCAAGUUCACCGGCUACCUGAGGGACAAGAGGACCGAGUGGACCACGGAGAACGAGCUGGCCUUUGAGACCCCCCUGCCCGCCUCCAUGAUCUACCACCCCAUCUUCGUCUGCCCCGUCAGCAAGGAGCAGACCACCGAGGCCAACCCGCCCAUCAUGCUGUCCUGCGGCCACGUCAUCUCCCGAGAGAGCCUGCACAACAUCGCAAAGGGUCCGCGGUACAAGUGUCCUUACUGUCCUGUAGAAGGUUACAUCAGUGAUACUUUACGCAUCUAUCUAUGA